AUGUCAGAUUCAUCAUUUAUUCCCAAUACUGAAACGGCAACGGCAACGGCAACCGAAUCGGAAUCAGAAAUAUUGAAUGGAUUUGGUUCAGAACCAAUUUCCAAUAACAACAACAAUAAUAAUAAUCAAUUAAGAACAACUAAACGGUGGUCAUUUAAUAGUAAAACUAAAUUUAAUAUGGGAGAUUUAAUUGAAAAUGGACCAUCACCAACAAAUUAUGUACCUAAAAGAAGAAUGAGUGAUAUUACUGGUAUUGAUGCCAUUCAUAAUCAAAGAAAUUGUUUAAAUUCAUUAGGUGGAGCUCAAUUAUAUCUGACUGAAUCAGGAAGAUUAUUUCAUGCUGGAGAAAUCAUUAUUAUUUUAACUGGUAUACCUGGUAGAGGUAAAACUCAUCUUUCAGUUUCUUUAACAAGAUAUUUACGAUGGUUAGGAGUUAAUACUCAUUCAUUUCAUUUAGGUAAUUAUAGAAGAGCUAAUGCUGAAGAUGAUAUAACUCAUGAUUUAUUUAUUCCAUCACCUCAAUCAAUUAAAGCUAAUAAUUUAAGACAAAAAAUGGUUAAUGAUUGUCUUGAAGAUAUUUUAAAUUUUUUUCAAAAUAAUGGAGGUCAAGUGGCAAUUUAUGAUGCUACAAAUGCUUUACCAGAAUAUCGAUUAGAAUUACAUAAAAAAUUUCGUGAAUUAAAUAUUCAAGUAAUAUUUAUUGAAAGUAUUGUUACUAAUGAAUCUAUUGUUAUGAAUAAUAUUGAACAAGCAGCUAAAUCUUCUCCAGAUUAUUAUAAAUGGGAUUAUGAAAAAGCUUAUAAAGAUUAUAGUGAAAGAAUUAAAAUUUUAACUCCUCAUUAUAUAGAAAUUGGAGGACCUAAAGAACAAGAUUUAUCUUUUAUAAAAUUUAUAAAUUUUGGUGAAAGAAUUGAAUUACAUAAUUCAAAUUAUGGUUAUUUAAUUAAUAAAGUGGUAUUUUAUUUAAUGAAUGGUAAAAUUAAAUCAGGGAAAUCAUUAUAUUUAGCAAGAUGUUAUAAAAAUUCCGUUGAUUAUAAUCAAGAUCCUCCAUUAGAUAAACAGGGAUUAAAAUAUGCUAAAAAUUUAACUUUAACAUUAUUUGAUCAUUUAAAAAAAUCCCAGAAAUCAUUUUGUGAUAAUGAUAAUAACAACAACAACAAUAAUAAUAAUAAUAAUAAUAGCAAUUCAUUGGAAAUUUGGACUUCAGUUAAAAAGAGAACUAUUGAAACUACUCAAUUUUUCAAUAAUAAAAAUAUUUCUAUUAAACAUCGAGUUCAAUUAUCUCAAAAAAAUCCUGGUAUAAUUGGUACUUUAAUUGAUGAAGAAGAAAUUAGAAAAAAAUUUCCUUUUGAAUAUAAUCAAUAUUAUUAUAAUCCUUAUCAUUAUCGUUAUCCAAGAGCAGAAUCUUAUCAUGAUUUAGCUAUUAAAAUUGAACCAUUAAUUUUAGAAAUGGAAAGAAUGACUAAUGAUUUAUUAAUUAUUGCUGAUGAAACAGUAUUACAAGUAUUUUAUGGUUAUUUAAUGUCUUGUUCUUGUGAUGAAAUACCAAAUUUGAAUUUUAAAUCAAAUGAAAUAAUUGAAGUUAAAUUUAAUGCUUAUUCAAAUUCUGCUAAAAGAAUUCCCAUUAAAAAUUUUGAUAAUAAUAAUGAUCAUAAUAAUAAUGAUCAUUGA